AUGAGCAACCAGUACCAAGAGGAGAGCUGCUCCGAGAGGCCCGAGUGCAAGAGCAAAUCGCCGACUUUGCUGUCCUCCUACUGCAUCGACAGCAUCCUGGGCAGGAGGAGCCCUUGCAAGAUGCGGCUGCUGGGACCCACCCCCAGCCUGCCGCCGCUGGCCAGCCGCGCGGAGCAGGACAAGGCCGGGCAAGGAGCAGCCAAGGGCAGCCCGCCGGGCUUCGAGGCGGCCGAGCUGCACCUGCCGCCCAAGCUGCGCCGCCUUUACGGGCCCGGUGGAGGGCGGCUGCUGGCGCGGGCCGAGCGGGCCGAGGCGGGCGCCUCGUCGUGGGACUCGCUCAAGAUUAGCCAGGCGCCUCAGGUCAGCAUCAGCCGCAGCAAGUCGUACCGGGAGAACGCGCCCUUCGCGCGGGCGGCCGCCCUCGACGACCUGGGCAGCCCGGCAGGCGGCGGCGGCGGCGGGCCCGACGUCGGCAGGCCCGGCCGGGACGACGAGCUGCUGGAGGAGGAGGACGAGGACGACGACGACGACGACGACGACGAGGCGGAGGAGCUGGACGAGGAGCUGGACGAGGACGACGAGCUGCUGUCCGAGGCCCAGGAGGCGCGGCGGGGCGCGGGCGGCGGGGUCGGGGCCGCCGGAGGGCCUGCGGCGGCGGCGGCGGCGGCGGGCGCGGGCAGCGAGGGCGCGGACGGCUCUCCCAAGGAGGAGCUGCUGCUGCCCGCGGACGAGCUGGCCGAGGGCAAGGACGGCGAGGACAGCGUGUGCCUGUCGGCGGGCAGCGACUCCGAGGAGGGGCUGCUCAAGCGCAAGCAGCGCCGCUACCGCACCACCUUCACCAGCUACCAGCUGGAGGAGCUCGAGAGGGCCUUCCAAAAGACGCACUACCCCGACGUCUUCACCAGGGAGGAGCUGGCGAUGCGCCUGGAUCUGACCGAAGCCAGAGUGCAGGUCUGGUUCCAGAACCGGAGAGCCAAAUGGCGGAAGAGGGAAAAGGCCGGCGCGCAGAGCCACCCGCCCGGCCUGCCUUUCCCGGGGCCCCUGUCGGCGUCUCACCCGCUCAGUCCCUACCUUGAUGCUAGUCCUUUCCCUCCUCACCACCCAGCUCUCGACUCCGCCUGGACGGCCGCCGCCGCCGCCGCUGCCGCCGCCGCCGCCUUCCCCAGCCUGCCGCCGCCUCCUCCGGGCUCGGCCGCUCUGCCUCCCAGCGGGACCCCGCUCGGCCUCAGCACUUUCCUGGGAGCGGCGGUGUUCCGGCACCCGGCCUUCAUCAGCCCGGCUUUCGGCAGGCUCUUCUCCACCAUGGCCCCGCUGUCGAGCGCUUCCACCGCGGCCGCGCUGCUGCGGCAGCCGGCCCCUGCCGUGGAGAGCGCCGUGCAGUCGGGCGGCGGCGGCGGCGGCGGCCUCUCGGACCCGGCCACCGCGGCGGCGGACCGACGCGCCUCCAGCAUCGCGGCCUUGCGGCUGAAGGCGAAGGAGCACGCGGCGCAGCUCACGCAGCUCAACAUCCUCCCCGGGAACAGCACGGGCAAAGAAGUGUGCUAA